UGGCUCACCGGGCCCGGCCGGAACCUGCGGGCGCAGCUGCGGGUGUGUCUGCGGAACCGCCCGCUGAGCCGUACACUGUGUCUUUGGACCCACUAGUCCGGGUGCCAGCGGGUCUGAGCUCCUCAGAGGCGGGAGCUGCGGCCGAGGCACGGGUGCGUGUGCGCGGUGACAACCGGGCCUCCUCCUCGGGCAGCUUGUGAGCCCCUCUCCCUCACCGCCCUCGCCCAGGCUGCUCCGAGCUUCGUCUCCUUGCCUGGGCUCAUAUGUCGUACACCGAGGCUCCAGUUAGGGCCCGCGUAUCCUUGAUGACCGCAGUUUUCGGUCUCGCAGGUGUCUUGCCGCUCCAUUUGUGACCCUGAGGCUUUACUGGGUCGUUCUGUGCUCACUACUUUCUGGUCUUUUCAGAAUAUGGCUUCACUUUCAAUGGAAUUGCCCGAGUAUUUGUGUUGUCACGUAAACAAGUUCUUUUAAACUGCGUCGGCAGGUAUUCUGUGUUGAGUGUUUUCUUGUAUUAAAAACUUUCCUAAGAACGAAAGAGAAACUUAAGUAAAAUCACCCAUUUGCCUACACCCCAAGUGGAGAGAGCCAUUCCCUGAGCUGCCCUAAGCCCGGGAUGGAAGCAGUCUCCACGGCCUUCCCAGCCUUGGCUGGCCAGGCUCCAGAAGAACAAGGGGAGAUUAUCAGAGUAAAGGUUAAAGAAGAAGACCAUACUUGGGAUCAAGAAUCAGGCCUGCGUAGGAAUUUGUCUUAUACUAGGGAGCUGUCUCGUCAGCGCUUCAGGCAGUUCUGCUAUCAGGAGACACCUGGGCCCAGGGAGGCUCUGAGUCAGCUGCGGGAACUGUGCCGUCAGUGGCUGAGCCCAGAGAUACAUAGCAAGGAGCAGAUCCUGGAAUUGUUGGUGCUGGAGCAGUUCCUGACCAUUCUGCCCGAGGAGCUCCAGUCUUGGGUGCGGGAGCAUAAUCCUGAGAGUGGAGAAGAGGUGGUGACUUUGCUGGAAGAUUUGGAGAGGGAGCUUGAUGAACCUAGACAGCAGGUCUCACAGGGCAUAUAUGGGCAGGAAGUUCCUAUGGAAGAAAUGACUGCUCUGGAUUCUGCAAAGGCGUCUUUAGGCACCCAGCUUCAGUCUAUGGAAGACAGAAUGGAAUGUGAAUCUCCAGAGCCAUACCCACUUCAAGAUAAUGGGUCAUUUUUGUGGCUUUCCAUGAUGUCUCAAAGCAUGGGUGAUGAUAACCUCAGUAGCUUAGAUACUAAUGAAGCAGAAAUUGAACUAGAAAACAUGAGGGAAAAGUUCUUCAGAAGCUUAGCAGUGUUACUGGAAAACAAAAGUAAUAAUACUAAGAUAUUUUCUAAAGCAAAAUACUGUCAGCUGAUAAAGGAAGUGAAAGAAGCUAAAGCUAAGGCAAAAAAGGAAUCGGUUGACUACCGUCGCUUGGCUAGAUUUGAUGUUAUCCUUGUACAAGGAAAUGAGAAGCUAAUUGAGGCUAUAAAUGGGGAAACAGAUAAAAUACGGUAUUACUUACACAGUGAGGACUUAUUUGACAUUCUGCAUGAUACCCAUCUCAGCAUUGGACAUGGUGGACGUACUCGCAUGGAGAAAGAGUUACAAGCGAAAUACAAGAAUAUCACAAAAGAAGUUAUAAUGUUAUACCUGACCCUCUGUAAACCAUGCCAACAGAAAAAUUCAAAACUCAAGAAAGUUCUAGCAUCAAAACCAAUUAAGGAAGUUAGUUCAAGAUGCCAAGUAGAUCUUAUAGACAUGCAGUUGAAUCCUGAUGGGGAAUAUAAAUUUAUUAUGCAUUAUCAAGAUCUUCGUACAAAGUUGAGUUUUUUGCGGUCACUAAAGUCUAAAAGACCAAUGGAAGUUGCACAUGCUCUUUUAGAUAUAUUUACAAUUAUUGGUGCACCCAGUGUCCUACAAUCUGACAAUGGGAGGGAAUUUUCAAGCCAGGUUGUCAGUGAACUCAGUAAUAUUUGGCCAGAAUUGAAAAUUGUCCAUGGGAAGUCUCAGACCUGCCAAAGUCAGAGCUCUGCAGAACAAACUAAUGAGGCUAUCCGAAAGAGGAUUUUCUCCUGGAUGCAAACUAACAACUCAUCACAUUGGGCUGAAUUUUUGUGGUUCAUUCAGAUGACCCAAAAUCAACCCUAUCACAGAAGCAUGCAACAGACUCCAUGUGAAAGUGCAUUUAGCUCUGAAGCUAAACUGGGCUUGUCCCAUUCUCAGUUAACUAAAGAACUUGUUGCCAGCCUGCAUACAGAAAAUGAAUUAGAUCAGGCUGACAAAGAGUUAGAAAAUACUUUAAGAGCCCAGUAUGAAGAAAACAUUGAGACUGGAACAGACAGUAGUGAUAUUGAAGAGAAUCUUCCCGUCACCCCUAAGGUGGCUGAAAAAAAACCUCCUGAGAGUAGACUAAGAUUUUUAUCCUGUGUAGUUUGUGAAAAAGAAUGCACAGGUGCUAAUAGUUGUAUAUCAUGUGAUGGAAAUAUCCAUGCAAUUUGUGGAGUGCCCUCUCAACAUGGGACUGAGGGCUGUGGUCAGCAAAUAAUUUGUAGCCUUUGCUAUGAAACCAGCACAAUGAAAAGAAAACAUGAUGAGAUUCAAAGAAGUUUGCCUAUUCAACCUUCCAAAAUGCUAAAGCCAUCAGGGACACCAUUUUCACCAGACAAAGUAGAUUGGAUGGCGAAACAAGCUUCACUGGACUUUUUUGUCAAGAAAAGACAUGCCUUUUCUGAACACAGUGGUAGUAAUCAAAGAAAUGGUAACAAUAGGAGUCAUCCUGAAGAAGGGAAAACCAAAAGAGUUCAUGCUAGUUUCACUCGGAAAUAUGAUCCUUCAUAUAUUGAGUUUGGUUUUGUAGCUGUAAUUGACGGUGAAGUACUAAAACCACAGUGUAUUAUUUGUGGAGAUGUACUGGCUAACGAAGCAAUGAAACCAUCAAAGCUUAAGCGACAUUUAUAUUCAAAACAUAAAGAAAUAAGUUCACAACCAAAAGAAUUCUUUGAAAGAAAGAGUAGUGAAUUGAAAAGUCAACCGAAGCAGGUAUUCAACGUUUCUCAUAUAAACAUUAGUGCUUUGCGGGCUUCAUAUAAAGUAGCACUUCCGGUUGCUAAGUCUAAAACACCAUACACCAUUGCUGAGACACUAGUGAAAGACUGCAUCAAAGAAGUGUGCUUGGAAAUGUUGGGUGAAUCUGCAGCAAAGAAGGUAGCUCAGGUACCACUUUCCAAUGACACCAUAGCUCGACGUAUUCAGGAACUGGCUAAUGAUAUGGAAGAUCAACUCAUCGAACAAAUAAAACUAGCAAAGUAUUUUUCAUUGCAGCUUGAUGAAUGCAGAGAUAUUGCUAACAUGAUAAUUCUUUUAGUCUAUGUGAGGUUUGAACAUGAUGAUGAUAUAAAGGAAGAGUUCUUCUUUUCAGCCUCUUUGCCUACAAACACAACUAGCUCAGAACUAUAUGAAGCUGUAAAGAAUUAUAUUGUUAACAAAUGUGGUUUGGAAUUUAAAUUUUGUGUAGGAGUAUGUUCUGAUGGUGCAGCUUCAAUGACAGGAAAACAUUCUGAAGUGGUAACCCAGAUUAAGGAACUUGCACCAGAAUGUAAAACAACACAUUGCUUCAUUCAUCGAGAAAGUCUUGCUAUGAAAAAAAUAUCAGCUGAACUAAAUAGUGUGCUUAAUGACAUAGUAAAAAUUGUGAAUUAUAUAAAAUCUAAUGCAUUGAAUUCGAGAUUAUUCUCUUUAUUAUGUGAUAAUAUGGAAGCUGAUCAUAAGCAGCUGUUAUUGCAUGCCGAGAUACGGUGGUUAUCACGGGGAAAAGUUCUGUCAAGAAUGUUUGAAAUACGAAAUGAACUCUUAGUGUUUCUGCAAGGCAAGAAACCUGUUUGGUCCCAACUUUUUAAAGAUGUGAAUUGGACAGCCAGACUUGCUUAUUUGUCUGAUAUUUUCAGUAUUUUUAAUGAUCUUAAUGCUUCUAUGCAAGGGAAGAAUGCAACUUAUUUUUCAAUGGCAGAUAAAGUUGAAGGACAAAAACAAAAGUUAGAAGCUUGGAAAAACAGAAUUUCUACAGAUUGUUAUGACAUGUUCCAUAAUUUAACAACGAUUAUCAAUGAAGUAGGUAAUGAUCUUGAUAUUGCACAUCUACGAAAAGUUAUCAGUGAACAUCUUACAAAUUUGUUAGAAUGUUUUGAAUUUUAUUUUCCAUCAAAAGAAGAUCCACGCAUAGGAAAUUUGUGGAUCCAAAAUCCAUUUCUUUCAUCAAAAGGUAAUUUAAAUUUAACUGUAACUCUACAGGAUAAGUUGUUGAAGCUGGCUACUGAUGAAGGAUUGAAAAUCAGUUUUGAAAAUACAGCAUCACUUCCUUCAUUUUGGAUCAAAGUUAAAAAUGAAUAUCCUGAGCUUGCUGAGAUUGCUUUAAAAUUGCUUCUUCUUUUCCCCUCAACAUACCUCUGUGAGACCGGAUUCUCUACUUUAAGUGUUAUUAAAACAAAACAUAGAAACAGUUUAAAUAUACAUUAUCCCCUGAGAGUAGCACUGUCAUCAAUCCAACCUAGAUUAGACAAAUUAACAAGUAAGAAGCAGGCUCACUUAUCACAUUGAAAAUUUUAAAUAUUUAUAUGUAAGGUGUUUGUUCAAUGUAUGCAUAUAGGCAUACAGUGUGAGGAAUUUGCUAUUUCACUUUAAACUUUGUUUAGUUACAAUUUUGUAAGUAUGAAAAGUUAUGAGUGAAAUAGCAGUUUUCUAUAUAAAUUUCCUAUAUGUACAUUUUCAAUUAAGAAUGUAUACAGUUUUUUCCUGUUAUAUUUGUCAUAUUGAUUAAAAUAUAAUUUUAAAUAUGUUGAUUCUAAUAUUAAAACAUUUGGUCUUAUAAUUUGUGUCUUACUGUAUUUCAUUAGCAUGUUAAGAUUGUAGGACAACUUCAGGAUGGGGGAUGUUUUCUUUGAAAUAGACUAGGUCAGUGAAGGGAAGUGAAUUCAUGAGGUAGGCUUAGAAUUCAAAUGCAGAGGACAGGUCAGUAGGACAUUAAGUUUGUUAAGCUGAUCCAGAGUGGUUAGGUUGGAAACUGAUGUUUGUUUUGUAGGUGCAUGUUUAGACAAAGUAUGAGUGGAAUAGGAGUAAACACUUAUUUUGUAAUAGUAUUAUGGCCUUGAAUUCAUAUUGAUAAAUUCUGAUUUCAUAAGGAGGGGGGAUUGGACCCUACUGACAAGUUCAUGUUAGGAAGUUUCUAGAUUUUACUAGAGUUGAUUGCCUUUAAGCUGCUCUAGGACAAAGUCUGGAAUUAUUGGCACCUCAAUUAGAUUUAACAGCCUCUAUUUUGUUUGGAGGCAAUUCAAAAACGUGUCACAAAUAUCUGUUUUUGUGUCUGUGAAUUCGUUUAGAAUGAUCAAAAGCAGACUAUUCACAUAAGACAGGUUCUUUAGCAUAAAAACAUGACAGAAUCCUUGAAGAAAACAUCUUUUCCUAGACAGGGUAACAACUUAGAGUAAGUGCUUCUUUUCAAAUAAAUAUAACAGUCAAAGUUAAGGAAAGGAAGAAUAUUUAGUGAUUCAAAAUGUUACUAAGAAUUUAACCUUUUGGUAAAGAACAUUUCUAGUAUCCUCUAAACCUCUGAAAGUAGAGGAAAGGUUCAUAUUUAGUCCUGAAAUCUUCGUUGGAUUAUGUUUUAUUGUGUGUUUGUUUUAAUAAAAUCUUAUAGCUUUUCAAAACCUUGUAAUGGUGGAUAGAUUUAGAAGAUAGUGGUUUGAUUCUUCCACUGACAAAUUAUAUGCCCUCUUUCCUAUCUGACCAUAUUUUGGAACUAAGAGAUUUUAAAAUGUUUUACCAUUUAUUGAUUGAAUAAAGUAUUUUGUUUCCCACUUUUAAUUUUUAAAGGCAGUGUGGUGAUUUUAUAUUUAUUUCUAUAAAAACAGUGUAGUCUGGAAGAAAUAAAGAGGGAAUUAAAAGUA